GACGUGGUGCGUGUGAGUGUGUUUCGGGUGUGCAUACAUGGAGGACGGAGGCGCGCGCGCGUGUGUGCGUGUGUGAGGGACAAGAGGCAUCGUGCGUCCCCGCCAGUGCCAUUCGCUUGCACGGCUCAGCGCUACCCGCCGGCGACGCCCUCUCUCACAAGUCGGGGGAAAGGGGGAGGGGUUAGUGCUAUGUGAUAACGCUGCCGACGCCUCCUCCUCCUCCUUUCCCCACCCCUCCCAGGCCUCCAGCCCCCUCCCCCCUUCCCCUCCUCCCCCCCCUCAGGACAACAGCCGCAGUAGGAGAGGCAGGUGACGCAGCCUCCUCUUCGCCGUCUCCCGCAGCCAGUUCACUUGUCCUUCCAUCCCUCCCACCCUCCCACCGCACCCUCCCUCCCUCCCUUCCUCCCACGCCUAGGGGAAAGGAGCGCCUGUGACGGAGCGAGAAGAGAGGAGUGAAAGGAAAGAGAGAAAGAAAAAAAGUGAGACAAAGAGCGAAAGAGAGGUGAGGCUGUGGCACGUACGACCAACCAAGUGGUGAACGAAGACCAAUAAGUUAAAUCAGAUGUCCCUCGCCACAGCGGGCGGCACCACUACCACCACCACCACCAUCACCACCAUCCCCACCACCAACAACAACAAAAACACCACCACCACCACCGCCGUUAACCCUGCCGCCGCCUCCAGUAGCCCAUACCAGCGUCCCAGCAGUGGUCUUGCAGCCCGCCCCUGCUAAACGGGGCAGUCCUACCCUCGCCAACCCUGUGAGGUCACCAUGAAGUGUCUCCUCCUCAUCCUCGCCUUGGUCGCCGCCCUGCUGCCCAGCACGCGGGGCCUGUCCUGCCUGCCGUGCCGGGAGGUGACCUGCGAAUUGCCUGCCGCCGUCACGCGCUGCCCCUGGGGACUCGUGCUGGACAUGUGCGGUUGUUGCUACGUGUGCGGCAAGGGACCCGGUGAGACGUGCGGCGGGCAGUGGGCGUGGCACGGGCGCUGCGGUCACACCCUGGACUGUCUGAAGCCGCACGAGGCCCCAGGCAGCGGCAGGGAGCACGAUCGAGCGGCGGUGGGCGGCGGCAAUGCCCUGGCGCUGCUCAACAUGGAGGAGCCGGCCAGGUGCUACCGACGGAGGGAUUCUGUGGCCGACAGUAUAAGCACCUUCUUCGCGUGGUUCUCCUCUCUCUUUAGAAAUGGGCCGAGGGAUGACUGAAGGAAGGAAGGAAGUAAUUGUUUUCAUCUUCCUUCACACCUUGUUUUCAUUUUCUUUCCUUUUUUUUCGCGGGUCUGUUAAUAUUUGGUUAUGACUGUUUGUGUGAUUAAUUGUUUUCUCAUUCUUCUUCAACUACUACUGUUCCUUCUUUUUCUCCUCCUCCUGCUCCUCCUCCUUUUCUGUGUGUCAGUAAGGUACGGUACAGUAAAGCAUUGGUGUGAUGCGAAGAGGACAAGACCAAAAGAAUCUGAAGCUUUGAUGCAGUAAAUGAACCUUCGAGAAAUACUGGUGUGUGUGUGUGUGUGUGUGUGUGUGUGUGAGAGAGCCAUAACCGAGGACGUCUAGGGCUUUAGCAAUGUAUACAUAGCUAUGGAUACAUAAUACAGAGACAGGAGGACGUGCUGCACUCUGUAGGAGCACACGGCGACGUCUCCUGCUCAUAAUAUUGUGUAAUAGUAACUUGUAGUCUACGAAAUGUAAUAAUGGCUGCAGUGACGCCAUCUUGCUUCUUUAUUCUUUGUUUGUGUUACUGCUGUUCGUCAUAUUAUUGUUAUUAUUAUUAUUAUUAUUAUUAUUAUUAUUAUUAUUAUUAUUAUUAUUAUUAUUACUAUUACUAUCAUCAUUUCUAUUGUUAUUAUCUUAUUCGCGUCUAGUAUCAUCCCAGUAUUAGUGUCCAAAUGUACCUGCUCCAUUUUUGUGCUGGGGUUGGGUUGACCCUUGUGCGGUGUUCCUACUACUACUACUACUACUAUUACUACUACUACUACAAGGCCGGUUAAUAUUUUCACGAAUUAUAAAAAUGUCAUUACCAGGUCACGUUUAUGCCCAUCUGUAGUGCAUGCAAAAGGUUAUUAGUGCAGUAUUGGUUUCCAGUGUGAUUGUAGUGCUAAUAAGAAUGAAAUUACUUCUAUGAAAAAUACAGGUGAAGGAACAAUAGGGGCCCUCGGAAUGUAGAGGUGCUUAUAAUCCACUCAAGGCUAAAACCGACCCUGAAUAUUACUACUACUACUACUACUACUACUACUACUGCUGUUUAUGUUCCUGCUGCGUCUAUGUUUAGUACUUCCACUGCUACCACGAGUACAUACUGCUUUACCACAACUACUAGCAAUACAACUACUAUUAUUGUCAUCAGCACAACUACCACCACCUAUCAUGACUCACCCACCACUAACCCUACUCCUACUACUACUACUACUGCUACUACUACCAUUACUACUCCCACCGCUGUCAAUCGCACCACCAACACACACACUAUUAUCACACAGCCCUCACAACUCACCCCCCCAAACCUCACCCCGGUGCACCUCGCCUUCACCUUCACCUUCACCGCCGCGCUCUCCCUCCUAUUAAAACACGGCACACAAAAACUGACCCACAUGACAACACUCGGAAGGAUCUGACAGCAGCAGCAGCAGCAUCAACAGCUUUCACCUGCAUCACUCCCCUCGGCACCUCCUCCAGGCAGCUCUUCCCCAGCAGUACUGUAUUAUUAUUCACCAUCACUGUAUUAUAAUGUAUUAUUCACCUUAGCGUAGAAGUGUAAUAAUAAACGUUACCUAAAGAGAAAGUGAGAGUAGAUUAAAAAAAUAAAAAAAGGGAGAAAAA